UGUCCCGCCGGCGGCCCGGCUCCCGUGGCGCCGCCACAGCCAUGUCACAUUUGAAGACAAGGGGCACUGAAGAUGAGGAGUCAACUGAAAAGUAUAAACAUGUUGGAAAUGCAGAAUUUGUGUGGCCGAAAGUGGAAGGUCAUCACAAAGAUUACAUGCAGGAUUCUAAUGUUGAUGAAUCUUAUGAUUGGAAUAAGAUAGAAAAUCAGUUGGAAAAAUCUGAGGGAAAAAGAAUGAAGGAAGACAAAAGUGGCAUCAAGGCAAAAAUUAGCAAAAUCAAAAACACAGCAAAUAUAAAGACAGAACAGGAAGAUGAGACAUCUGAGAAAAGUUUAUGUUUGAGCUUAAAACAUGUUACACAACAGACUGUCCCCAUAGAACAGAAAAGCAGUGAACAGGGCAAAUGUGGGGAGAGCAUUAAUGGAAACUCUCACCUGCAGCAGAAAACCAGUGCUGAUAAAUCACAUAAAUGUGAUGAGUGUGGAAAAUCCUUCAAAUAUAAUUCCCGCCUUGUCCAACAUCAAAUCAUGCAUACUGGAGAGAAACGCUAUGAGUGUGAUGACUGUGGAGGAACUUUCCGGAGCAGUUCAAGCCUUCGAGUCCACAAGCGAAUCCAUACUGGGGAGAAACCGUAUAAAUGUGAGGAAUGUGGGAAAGCCUACAUGUCUUACUCAAGCCUUAUAAACCACAAAAGCACCCAUUCUGGAGAAAAGAACUGUAAGUGUGAUGAGUGUGGAAAAUCCUUCAACUAUAGCUCUGUUUUGGAUCAGCAUAAAAGGAUCCACACUGGAGAAAAGCCCUAUGAGUGUGGUGAGUGUGGGAAGGCCUUCAGGAACAGUUCUGGCCUUAGAGUCCACAGAAGGAUCCACACAGGAGAGAAGCCCUAUGAAUGUGACAUCUGUGGGAAAACCUUCAGUAACAGCUCUGGCCUCAGGGUCCACAAAAGGAUCCACACAGGUGAGAAGCCCUAUGAAUGUGAUGAGUGUGGGAAGGCCUUCAUUACUUGCAGAACACUUCUAAAUCAUAAAAGCAUUCACUUUGGAGAUAAACCUUACAAAUGUGAUGAGUGUGAGAAAUCAUUUAAUUAUAGCUCUCUGCUCAUUCAGCAUAAAGUCAUCCACACUGGUGAGAAACCUUAUGAAUGUGAUGAAUGUGGGAAGGCCUUCAGGAAUAGCUCUGGCCUUAUAGUACAUAAAAGGAUUCACACAGGCGAGAAACCUUACAAGUGUGAUGUCUGUGGCAAAGCAUUCAGCUAUAGCUCAGGCCUGGCUGUCCAUAAAAGUAUUCACCCUGGGAAGAAAGCUCAUGAAUGUAAGGAUUGUGGAAAAUCCUUCAGCUAUAACUCUCUUCUUCUUCAACAUAAAACCAUUCACACUGGAGAGAGACCUUAUGUAUGUGAUGUAUGUGGGAAAACUUUCAGAAACAAUUCAGGCCUCAAAGUCCACAGGCGGCUCCAUACUGGGGAAAAACCAUAUAAGUGUGAUGUGUGUGGGAAAGCCUAUAUUUCACGCUCUAGCCUUAAAAACCAUAAAGGAAUCCAUCUUGGGGAGAAGCCCUAUAAAUGCAGCUAUUGUGAAAAGUCCUUCAAUUACAGCUCUGCCCUUGAACAACAUAAAAGGAUCCAUACAAGGGAGAAACCCUUUGGGUGUGAUGAGUGUGGGAAAGCCUUCAGAAAUAAUUCAGGCCUUAAAGUACAUAAACGGAUCCACACUGGGGAGAGACCAUAUAAAUGUGAAGAAUGUGGGAAAGCCUACAUUUCACUCUCAAGCCUUAUAAACCAUAAAAGUGUACACCCUGGGGAAAAGCCCUAUAAGUGUGAUGAGUGUGAAAAAGCCUUCAUCACAUACCGAACUCUUAUCAACCACAAAAAAAUUCACCUUGGGGAGAAGCCCUACAAAUGUGAUGUGUGUGAAAAAUCUUUUAACUACUCUUCACUCCUUUCUCAGCACAAAAGAGUCCACACCAGAGAGAAACCCUAUGAAUGUGACAGGUGUGAGAAGGUCUUCAGAAACAACUCCAGCCUUAAAGUGCAUAAAAGAAUCCACACAGGCGAGAAGCCCUAUGAAUGUGAUGUGUGUGGGAAAGCCUACAUCUCACACUCAAGCCUUAUUAACCAUAAAAGUACCCACCCUGGCAAGACACCCUACACAUGUAAUGAAUGUGGUAAAGCUUUUUUCUCAAGCAGAACUCUAAUGAGCCAUAAAAGAGUCCAUCUUGGAGAAAAACCCUUCAAAUGUGUUGAGUGUGGAAAAUCUUUCAGUUACAGCUCACUCCUUUCUCAACACAAGCGGAUCCACACAGGGGAGAAACCUUAUGUGUGUGAUAGGUGUGGAAAGGCAUUCCGGAACAGCUCAGGCCUCACCGUGCAUAAAAGGAUCCAUACGGGUGAGAAACCUUAUGAGUGUGAUGAGUGUGGAAAAGCUUACAUUUCACACUCGAGUUUGAUCAACCAUAAAAGUGUCCACCGUGGACAGCAGCCCUAUAAUUGUGAGUGUGGAAAAGCCUUCAAUUAUAGAUCAGUCCUUGAUCAACACAAAAGAAUUCACAGUGGAAAGAAGCCGUAUCGGUGUAAUGAGUGUGGGAAGGCUUUCAAUAUUAGAUCAAAUCUCAAUAAGCAUAAAAGAACCCAUACUGGAGAGGAAUCUUUACAUGUGAUAGAUGUGGAGAGCUACAGUGGCCCCUCACAGAAGAGGAUUCAUGAGCGAGGGAGUGCUGUAGCUGGGACCAGGAUGAACAUGUCAUUGUAGGAGACAGGGUGUACUCAGUGGCAUGGAACUCAGAUGAGAGAAGACCCUUAUGAAUGUAAGAGUAUGUGAGCUCCUUAUUCAUGGCUUAUAAUGUAUUUAGUAUAAUUGAGACCGUGAAUAACCUUUUCUAUGUGAUUGUUCAAUAGCAGCCUUUAAGAAAGGCUUCACUGUCCAGUCCUUAUGGCAUAUAAAAUAGUUCAUUCAUACUGGGGUAAAAACUUAAAGGAUUGAGUAAGAAAAAAAUCUUCAAGAUAAGCAGACAUUUCUGGACAUACACAGAUGAGGAAAAGACUUCAAUUGGACAUAGAGUCCAUCAGAAAGUUUAUUAUUUCGUUAAAUCUUGUGUAUAAAAAUGUAGGUGAUUUGGAUAGGGAAUUUAAUUCCACUCUUAACAUUGGUUGGUGGAUAAGAUCCAAAAAGGGCAUCCUACAGGCAAAUCCAGGGAGAGGCAGGCUUCAGGGAAUACAACUUUAUUUAAUAGAGUGAUCAUAAAAUAUAAAUUUGGUAUAAUUGAAUGAUUUGAGGUAAUGGUAACAAAUUCUGAAACAAAUUUCAAUUUUGUAGAAAGUAUAGAUGUAUAAAUCUAACAGGAGAUGGAAAGAGUCACUCAGAUGCAAGCUAAUCAGACUGUAAUGUGAUAUACUGGUUGAAGGGGUGAAACUGUUAAAAUUUUUAAAAUCCCACAAUGGUGAGUAUAUGAUGAGUGAAUACCUUACACAUUAUAUGCAAAUAAAAGAUUCUAUCGUAGAAAUUCAGCAUAUUCAAUUAAGUAUUUUUCAAUAUGAAUUUGCAACUUCCUCACACAGAAAAAAACAAAAACCUGAUUAAUGCUGAGAAAGGGCAUUUUAUUGCAGGAACUAAAAAGCUAGGUAACUACCAGUAAUUGAAGGAAGGACAGGAGGAAACUCAUGCUUCUUAACUAUGUUUAAUGUUUGAUUGUUCUGAAAUGUGCUCUUGUUAAGAUUUCACAUAUUGUCUGUUAUAAAAUGUUAUGAAUACUUUGUUCAGGGCGCACUCUCUUGGCUGUGAAGAGCCAGAUAGUAGUGGAGAGUUAAGGUGGAACACCAAUAAAGACAUUCCUCAAAAGCAA